CACUCAUCUCCGACCAUGCCGGACGAAGCCACGGAAAACGCCGGCUCCACCUCCGCCCGCGUCUCGUCCUUCUUCAUCGAGGACCUGCUGGGCACCGAGAGCGCGGCGGGCCGCGGGGCUCGGCGGGCGGCUGCGGGCGGUGGUCCCCGCGGGGCUCCGCGCUGCGGGCCGCGCUCGCCGCUCCGCCUCGGCGCCCCGGGCUGCCCCCUCCGUGACGCCGCCGUCGGCUGGUACCGCCGAGCGCACGCCGCUUUCCUGGGCUGCGCCAGCCCCGACACCAGCGACCGGGACUCGCCCGAGCUGCCCGAGGAGCCGGCAGAGCGGGAGAGCAGCGGCGGACGGGCGGCGGUGCGGGGCCCAGCGGGAGGACGCUCGGGCCUGAGCGGCCGCGAAGAGGAGGAGGAGGAGCGCGGAGAGGAGCCGGGCGAGCCGGAGCAACGCUCCGCCGGCCGCAAGAAGAAGACGCGCACGGUGUUCAGCCGCAGCCAGGUCUUCCAGCUGGAGUCCACCUUCGACGUUAAGCGCUACCUGAGCAGCUCGGAACGGGCCGGGCUGGCAGCCUCGCUGCACCUCACCGAGACCCAGGUGAAGAUCUGGUUCCAGAACCGCCGUAACAAGUGGAAGCGGCAACUGGCCGCCGACCUGGAGGCGGCCAACCUGUCCCACGCCGCCCAAAGGAUAGUGCGGGUCCCCAUUUUGUACCACGAGAACUCGCCGGCGAGCGCCUUGGGCUUCCCCCUGCCCCAUAUGUCGCCCCCCUUGGUGGGUUUCUCUAGCGGCGUCAGCUACCCCCUGGGCACCUUCCCCGCCGCCUCCUUUCCGUUCCUACGAUCGCAGAUGACAGGACUCGUCUGAGCGCCCACCUGUACCCAUCGCCCCCUCCCCCGGCUCCCAGCUCCACCCCCAUUCCCCCCGGAAUUUUCAUUUCCCACUCACACCUUUCUCGAUUUUCUGCUUUUUGAUUUUCUAUUUUUUUUUUUUUUAACGUGCAAUAAACUUACUUUUGGAAUAAACUCGGAGCCACUCGCAGCAGCCGGAGGGAACAGAAACGACUAUGAGGACCACGCCAUGAACAGGGAGCGGCUCCACGGGGCUCUCCCUGCUGCGCAUCCAAAGAAAGUGCAGCCCCGUGGCAGUGGUCAAGCCCUCCCCACCGCCUCGGUCCCGGCUGACACCGACCGGCGUUUUCCGUGGGGCCCGCAGCUCCCCCAAACUCUUCCUCCCCGCUUUCCGCAGAGCUGCCGAGCCUGAGACGAAUGUAGCUAUCGGCCGGGGCCCCAGGGACGGCGAAGCUCGCUUUUCUCCCCUCUAAGCGACCUUCCUCAGGUCCUCCGCUGCCCCGGGCCAGCGCUCCUGCCGGGAGACCUUUCCUUGUCCCCGGCGCCCCGGCUGCGCUUCGUGCAGAGCGGGGACUCAGCGGAUCUGCCCCCAGCAGCUUCUCCAGGGCCCUUUGUUUUAGCCACUUAAUCCGUAAAGAACAUCCCCCCUUUCCAUUGUUACUCUGAUUUUCACCCGAUCGAUACCCAAGCAUGUGCUGGUGCCCCCUGCUUCUUCCCGCUGGAGGCUUUUUGAUUUGAAACAACUUGAAGGAAAAUUGUUGGAAUGAAUUCGAUGAAGCCCGAGCUGUGAGGAUUAGAUUUCUUUGUUUUAGUUUAUAUUUCCCUUUCAAACGGUCGGCUAAAAUACACGGUUAAAACGUAUAUACACAUAUAAUUCAACAUACUGCAUUUUUACCAGUGGGUUUGCCACAUUUCCGUCUCCUGAGGAGGCUGAAGAAAGCGCAUCUCAGUUCGUCCGUCUCUUAACGGUUUGUGUAAUCGAUUAAUAGUUCGUGCUGGUAAUUAAAAAGGAAGGAAAGAAAAAUAAUCAGGUGGGGAUAGACUGGGGAGCUGUACGGCUAGUUAUGCAAGCUAACCUGUAAUGUGAUAUUAUAUGAAGUAUUAUGCAUGCCACUCUAUUUUUUUUCCUUUAAUAGUUGUUUCUUUUCCCCCUCUCUACCCACUGCUAAAAUGAAUAUCGGAUCUAUCACUGUUUAUAAAGGUUUGAAUUUCAUUUUCCAAGUAUUAAGGGGGAAAUGACCUUAUAAAACACAGCUUUGGGGGAAGGUCAAGCUUUGAUCCUGCGUUUUAGGGCAUAAUCAGGGGUAACUGAAGCGACCAGCUCGGAGCACUCGGUGUCCCCGCAGGGAGAACCGGGUGCUGGAUCUACCAGGGUACGUGCAGGCGGACCUGCCUUCAGUGAAAGAAGAGCGUCUAAUCCUUGCUGUUUCCUACGCUUGACAUUGUAUUUGGACCAAUCUCACCGUUUUUUGGUUUGAAAUAGAUCGUCGAGAUGCGGUGGAGCUUCAGCUUUGAUACGAAACCUGAGCAGAAGGAACAGUGGCGGAUUACAACCUCUCCAACACCUCCUCCCCCCCCCCCUUUUUUUUUCCCCCUCUUUUUUUUCCUUUUUUUCCGCUUUGGCCUGAAACGCGGCUACGUACAUCAGUCUGCACAGCUAAAUCAGGGUGCUGGAAGCCUCAGAAGCACUCGAGAAUGAAAUACAUCUAGAUAUGCCAGGUUCCUGAGAAAAAUACUAACUUGCCGGGAUGCUCGUUUCGAUUUGAGCCGCGUUUCUGGAAGUUGCUGUUUUGGGGGCUUUAAUUACUUUUAUUUUCCCAACUGCUAUGAAAUCCCUCGUCUCACCCCGGGAGAUCUUCGCCAGCUCUUUUCUUUGCAUAUCCGUCAAACACCAGCCUUCGGGGCUAGUCCUUAUGCAGCCCGGCCCUGAGUGGUGUAAGAAGGACUGGGACGCGGGGCUGGGGGUGCCGGGGCCCCGGGCGGGCUUCAGCCUUUCUAUGUGCAGAGUAGAGGACCCGGGGAGAUAUUUUUCUCGGGGCUCAGCCCCUUGACUCAAUACCCUUGAGAGCCUGGCUGCCCCUGGGAGAAAGCUGGCAGAGCGUUUCCCAAGUCAUAUCCAGCUCCCCAGAUCCCCCAGCGUUACCUACUGGAACAAAAUCCUGACUCACUACAGUCAUAUCAGAGUAGAUUGUAAUGCAACGAGAAACUUAACAUGCCUGCCACUCUCCACAUGCCUUUUCUUUGGAGUAACAUAUGAGAUUAUAAUACUUCUGAUUCUACUAAAUAUUCUUUUCUUGGAGUUAAGGAACUGGCAGGGCUCAAUGAUCAAUCGGAUUUUUAAAAUGUGUUUUGACAUUAGCUUGUUUUUUAAAGACGUGCUGAUUAUAUCAAUAAACAGAUUUUUUUUUCAUACACUGUACUUGUAACUUAUGAUCAUAGUAAAAUAUUAAAAGG